CAAACAAACUGCUGUCACUUUCAUUCUUCCCGAGGGUAAUCAAUCAAUUCUGAACGUUGGUUAUUCGAUUAUUUCAAUUAAAGUCCGAUAAAACGUGACAAUUUUCGUCACUAGGGAAUGUGGCUUUGUUUAGAUUGUGUCCACUAAUGGAUGUCCUUUGAACCACAUAUCAGAAUGAAAGUUCCAAAUUUGGGAGACAGAUCAUCAUAAGCAGAAUUAAUCAAUCCUUUGACCAACAGGGCAAAUGAGAAAAAUUUUAAUCUACCAGAUUGAAAUGGCUCAUUCAGGAAAACAACCCUUACUUCAAGCUGGGCAAGAUAUGGAUUCGGAUUUGGACAAAGAUGACGGUUCUGAGAUUGUUCUUGAUGCAUCUAUCAGGGAUACAUCUCGUAUAAUUCCUGGACAAACUAGAGACAAAUAUUACCUGACAUACUUCAGCUUUUAUCUUCUAGGAAUUGUUGUCAUAACACCCUGGUCAUUCUUUGUUACUGCAAAUGAUUAUUGGAUGUACAAGUUCAGAGAUGUGAACACAAACGUUUCAAUGUUCAUAAACGAAAAACAGACGACUCUACAGGUCGAAUUCACAUCUUUCCUCAACGUAGCCGCUUCUGUUCCUACGUUACUCUUUUUGAUUCUGAAUAUCUAUUUGAUAAAAAGGGUUUCUCUUAGUGCCAGAGUACUCACUGUGAUGAUAUUGAUGUUGUUUUUAUUCAUAAUGACUGUGAUUUUUGUUAAUGUUAAUACUGAUGGAUGGCAAGAACAAUUUUUCGUUUUGACUAUGGUCACAAUGAUCGUACUAAAUGGUUGCAGCGCUAUACUCAGCGGAAGUAUAUUCGGCAUUGUUGGCAACUUUUCCUCGAUCUACAUCACUGCGGUCAACAGUGGUCAAUCUCUGGGAGGAAUUUUCGCAGCCAUCGCCGAAAUUAUUUCCCUCGCUGUGGGUGCUUCGUCCACCCAUGCGGCAUUCGUGUACUUCAUCAUAGGAUCAGCGACCAUAUUCCUCGGUAUCAUUUGUUACGUACUUAUGGUGAACACCAUAUUUUUCAAGUACAAUAUAAGGGUUAAAUCUCUGGAAGAUUACUCAGAUUCCAGUUCCCUAAUAAAAGACGUAGAUUAUAGCGUGAUUUUCAGGAAAAUCUGGACCAUUGGAGUAACCUGUUUCAUGGUACUUUUCACCACUACUUGUGUGUCGCCUGGUGUGACGGUUUUGGUGGAGUCUGAAGGGAAGGGGCAAAGUAAAUGGAGCGACAUAUUCUUCGUUCCCGUCAUCAACUAUCUACUGUUCAACGUUUCGGACUACAUCGGCAGGUUGUCGGCGGGAAGGUUCACAAAACCUGACAAUCUGAUCGUUUUGGUGGUAAUGAGUUUUUCGAGACUGAUAUUCGUACCAUUGCUGCUCUUGUGUAACGCCCAACCAAGGCAUCAUCUGGACGUUGUGUUCUCGAGGGACUAUGAGUUCAUUAUAAUAUUGGCGCUGUUCGCCCUGAGCAAUGGAUAUCUGGUGAACGCAGCCGUCAUCAAGGCUCCAAAACUUGUGGAGCAGCAUGAAACUGAGGUCGCUCUGUGUAUAAUCUCUGUUUUCAUUGGCUUCGGCAUGGCGUUCGGUUCGCUCUCAGGAUAUUUGAUUGUUAAACUUCUUUGAGGUUAAGAAUGAAUUGGAUAGGAUGGAAUGGAAGUAAACGUUGUUAUAACUGCUGGCGGUAGACACGAAUUUAUGUAUACAUAGGUUUUUAGUGAUAAACAUACAUAUUUCGUUUCCGAUAGCCGUCAAAACAUUUUUCAGGAAUGAAGUAAUGAUCACGCCUUAACAGGAAGGCAAUGAAUACAAUAAUAAGAAUUAAAUUCAGAUGCAUACCACCCGCCGAGAUGAAUAUCAAACGAUCUGAAUUGAACUAGCCAAUUCGACAGCUAAAUGAGAACGUUCUACCGAAGAGAAUCGGAAAAGGAGCUGUGUUACUCUGACGAGGUCAAAUAAUGAGACCGAAACCAUAGUCAGCAUCUGCUCUUCUUCGGUGAAACGUUCUCCAUUAAGUUGUCCUGACGAUGGAAAAUUGGCUAGUUCAAUUCAGAUCGUAACACUUGUUGAUAUUCAUAUCUGAAUUAAUUCUUAUUAUUUUCAGGAAUUUAUAUAUGCUUUAGGCGAUAUAAUUUCAGUUUACACUUAGCUAACACUAUAAUAAUAAUAUUUAAGUUUAAUUUAAGCUCCUUGAUUUAAUUUGAUCUCUUUUAUGGUACUUGACGUAAUAUUUUUGAUAUUCAACCUAUUCAAAUCCGAAUUAUUUACUUAAACUUAAAGAGGAGUUGUUAAUUUAUAUAUUUUGCGAAUGAACCCAUGGGUUUCUCAAAUAUUGUACGAGAUAUACUCAGUGUAUAUGGUUGUAACCUUCCAAGUGAUUUAUGCUUUUUGAUCCGAUUACUACUGAACAAAAUACUCCUGAUCAUGUUGCUAAUAAAAUGAAAAAGGUACAACCAAUACUAUGCCCGGUGCUUUUACUUGCUAAAACUUAAGUAUAUAUUUAUGAAAAUUUUCGGUACAUAUCUGAAAAAUGUUCUGAGCUAAGACUAUGUGAUCCAGUGCUGUUCAAUGUGAUUUUGUUGUGCAAUCGAUAUUGUAUGUAAACCAAUCAAUUUAAGUAUAGAUAGGAUCAUUUAUAGUUGAAUAAUAUUUGAGUGAUGCUUAGUAUAUCAAGUUGUACCUAGGUGCCACAUGAAUUAGUAACAGUUUCCUUAAGAUGAUGUAACAUUUGUUUUAAAUACCUAAGCAAUAAAUUCCUCAUGCAUUUUUUGUAACUUGAUGAGACUCACCAACCAGUUUUUGCAUUUUCAAUUCGUAUCUAUCUAAUCUGUGUUCGUUUUCACUCUGGUAGCAAAUCUUAAUUUUUUUAUAUCAGUCUGAACAUUAGAUAAAGAAUAUGUCUCUUUUUAAAGUAUCGUUGUUGAAACAUCACAUAAGUUAUGAAAUGGUUCGCUCAAGUUGUAUUGUUGAGAUUUUAUAUGGAAUGUUUAAGUGUUAAUGAAUUUUAUUAGUAAUUUGUUAUUCGCAUGUACUUUUAUUGUUAUUUUUGCCUGUUGAAAAUUUAUGACCUUAUUGUUUUAUUUAUUACUGUGAUUAUUUCUUUCUUUUGGUCUCUCUAAAUGUGAAUUUAUUUCCAAAGGUGCGAAAAUGUGAAAUUGUUGAUUCUUAGUUUUUUUUUUAUGAAACUGAGAAAAUCCCUUUAUCUAUAGUUCUGCGGAAUUAUAUCAUUGAAUUAAUUGACUGUGAUGUUGUGAACCUAUAUACCUACUACUUAGAUAUUAUAUUGUAUAUUUAUACAAUUGUUACUUUUUGUUAGUCAUUUGAUAGCUUUAGGUGAUUUUCUGUUGACAUACCUAUUCUAAUGUCUAUGUCAUAUUGUAUAAACUCGAUGUAUGAACAAAAUGUAUCUAUAUAUUUUAAAUAAAAGGAAUCAAUGAGAA